UCUUGUUCCUCAGCACGUGAAAUUUCAAAAAUAACAAAAGAAAAAUUUGUUGAUCCACAUUUAUUUUGUAUAUAUCAUAUUGUGUAGAGAAAAUCAAUAAUGAAGACAUUUUCAUCAAAACGGGAGGAACGCAAAGAAAAAAAGAAAAAGAAGUUGCUAGCUCUUGCUAAAUUGGUACAACUAAAUGACAACGAUCGCCGAGACACUGCGACAAACCAAGUUGUUUCAGAGGUCGGCGAGACUCCAAUUACAAAAGACGACGACGAUGGCUUUGUAAAGGUGACACACAAAAAGAAACCUGCCAAAUUAAUGCCUCCAAAGCCUCCAAACAAAAAAGGAAAAACUGAGAUAGCUUUAGAAGAUGAACCUGAGACAAAACGUCCUAAGCUUACAAAAAGUGAAAGUACAGACGGUAGUGGCAGUGACACUUCCCAAGUGUCGUCAACUACAGAAGAACAACAACGUCUAAAAUUACAACUUACUGAAGAGCAGUAUAAGGAAUUACGUCGCCAAUUAAGACAACGUAAAAGGGAACUGGAAAACGUGCCUAUAUUACGAUUGCGUGAAUUCGGCCAACGCGCCUCGCUAGAGAUGCCGCAAGGACAGCGUACGCCAAUAUUUCUAACAGACAUUCAACAUUUGUUAAUGUCAGCCCUAAUCGGAAAAAAGUCACCAUGCAGUCCGGAUAGAUGGUGCUUCUUAGAGAAACCGUUGCGGCUAUCUCAUAGUGUCGUUUUAAUACUAGAAGGCCUUUCACUUUAUCACUAUCUCUCGAAUGAAAGUAAAUUCACCAAAACAAAUGAAAUAUUUCGGACGCGUUUAGAAGUUGUUUUGCCACCACUUAAAGAAGGCUCUAUUGUUGAGGAAAUUGCCCAGGUACCACUAACGAAUGUACAAGCACAUAAGUUAAUUGAACAACAUGGUUCACUAGAGUUGGCUGUUGAAAUGACUAAAGAUCCCACGUUACUAGUUAAAACAAUAUUUCCAGUUGGUGAAGCAGCAACAGUACCCAAGGAAAGCAAUUUGCCCGUAGGUGACAAAUUUCCGCGCACAAAACUUUUGCUCUCUGCUCUACAAAUGGUGGAUGAGGGUUAUCCUAUGCCAUUACGUGGUGAGCUUAGCAACCGUUUCAAAGAAUAUGUAUUUACCAAGGAUAAAUACGAACCUGUUACGGACAGCAGCCCAAUGUAUGGCGUAGAUUGUGAAAUGUGUCGAACAGUCGUUGGCCACAACGAACUCACGCGUGUUUCAAUCGUCAAUGAAGAUCUUGAAACCGUUUAUGAAACACUUGUAAUGCCGACAAAUAAAAUUGUUGACUACCUGACACCCUAUUCUGGUAUAACAGCGAGCAUCAUGAAAACUGUAACAAAAACGAUAGAAGAUGUUCAGCGGGAAGUAAGGGAAUUACUACCGGCGGAUGCUAUUUUGGUUGGCCAGUCCUUGAACUUUGAUUUGAACGCAAUGAAAAUGAUGCAUCCUUACGUGAUAGAUACGAGUAUGUGCUUCAAUUUAAGUGGCGUUCGUAGAAGGAAGGCCAAACUGCAAACGCUUGCCAUGACAUUUUUGAAGGAAGCAAUUCAAGAAAAUGCAGAUGGUCACGACUCCGUUGAAGAUUCGUUAGCUAGUUUAAAGUUGGUGAAAAUGAAGUUGGCAAACAGCUUAGAGUAUGGUGACGAAAUUCUAUCACAAAAGAAACGUUUACACGACAUUAUGCGCUUGGCUAGUGGUGAUAAUAUUAAGAACAAUCUUUUGGCACAUGCGUCCCGAGAUAGAAGAACAGCGAUUAUCACCAACGGCACGCUCCAGCGGCAAGUGAAGGAAAUCUUAACAAAAACAGAAGAUAAUGACACGAGGGACGCACUGAAAAGUGUUUCCUUUUACGAAUUGGAAACGAAUAAGAGCGCAAUUAACAAAGCACGUGAAAUUGCGCUGGAAAACUCACUGACGAUUACUAACUUACGUUUAGGAGUUGAGGAAUUUCAACUGGAUAAUGCGGAAAAAACUGUGAUGAAACUUGACAAAUGGAUUGGCAAAUUAUGGCAAACCGUUGCACAUAACGGUAUGUUCUUAGUUUUGAUGGGUGGUUCAACAGAAUGUGCCAGUGGCGUAGCAAAAAUUGCUAUUAAGAAGGAUGCGGCAACAGCAGCAGCUAGCAUAGCGACGACCACUCCGAUCACUGUGUAGUGGAAGUAAAAAUGUUUAGAUGAGGUGUUAUAUAAACGAUGGAAAAUGAAUUCGUGGAAAUUAAAUAUAAAUUUAUUUAAUAACGGGAGAUAAAAAACAAAAUACAUGUUCCAUAUAUACUUUUUCG